AUGAGCGACCACCCAAAUCCGAUUUGGAGCACGAACGGCUACAAGGGCGAAGUGCGAAAUGGAGCACUUGGAGCACUUGCAGCACUUGCAGCGCUUGUGCGAAACGUGGUCUACCACUUCUCGCUGUCGAAGACGGGCUCACUGCGUUUGGAGCAGGUCGACAAGACAACGGGCUGGGUGCUGAGUCUGGUCUGGUCGAGCCCUCCAGAUCGGGUCUCGAGGCCUGCGGGGACCGGCACUUACCAUGCGCGGCUCGAGAGCGACGGGAACCUGGCGGUGUACUGGGCCGAUCGGCGGCGGUCCCGUCGGCGCCGCCACCAUCAAGGCACGUGCCUCUCGCUCGUGUGGCAGUCGAUCCCGAACAAGGUGCAUACGAAAGGGUGUAUAAGGAAGAACUGCGACCUCAGUCUAUCUCGCGAGCACUUCGCGUGCACCUCGUUUCCAGCCGCGGUGCCGGCGCUCUUGCAGGACGCAUCAACCUUUACGCUCUUGAUCAGCACGCACAGCCGGUUCGAGCUACUCUCCGAGCAGCUGUCGUACUACAGCGCGUCGCCGAUGAUCUCGACCAUAGUCGUCACGUGGCACAACAUGAACAUUAAGGCACCGCCCGACGCCCGCGUCAAUGGGACGUAUAUUCGGUUCGAAAGCCCAACCACGGACAGCCUCAACAACCGCUUUCAGCCCUUAGCGUACAUUACGACCGAGGCCGUCUUCAUCCUGGACGACGACAUCAAGCUGCACCUGCAGGACAUGCACAACAUGUUCGCUGCCUGGAAGGAGAACAAGCAGAACCUCGUCGGGGCGUCGCCUCGCUGGGUCGAUGGUGGUUCAUCGGAGCCCGGGUCUGGCGGGCGUGCUUCCGCGCCGCACAACUUGGCCUACUUAACCCAAAGCGAGGCCUCACCGGACAAGUACGAAGGGUACAGCCUGAUGCUGACGAGGACGAUGAUGAUGCAUCGUGACUAUCUUCACCUCUACACGUGCGGCGGCAGCUCGACAGAGCUCGGCCUGCAAGUAGCGAGCCACUUCGACCAGCUUCGAUCGCUCAUCUUGUCGAUCGUCGCGGCCGAAUUCAAUUGCGAGGACAUCGGCAUGAACUUCGUCGUGAACGCGGCGAGGUCCAGCGCCAACCCGCCAGGCGCCGACGCUGCGCCCCUUUUCGUACGGCCGCUGCACAGAAUUGGCGACUUCGGAAAGAUGGGCGACACGGGUCUGCACCAGAAGAAGUCGCAUACAACGGCGCGGACGGACUGCUUGAACCAGAUGAACCGAGCCUUUUGGCAGGCGACUGGCCAAAGCUUGCCUGUUCAGACGAGGGUCAUUGAUGCAAUGCCGUCUAGCCUCAACUCGACGUCGACGGCGCUCAUGCAGAGGCGGUAUUCAGGGCUGAGCGUCCGCCUUCACGACGACUGCAUGACGAUCGAGCGCGGGGUCGACGGGGUCCACAAACAAGGGGGGUGCUCCUGGGAUCUGCCGGCCCAGACGAAGUACAACGCGUAUUACGUUCCUUCCGUGCACUGACGGGCGUAUGAUCUCGAGCGGGGCUGUUGGUGGUGCUCAACAGCACAGAGCUCUUUGGGACCGCGGCUGCAUAGCAUGCGGGUAGGCUCGGCUUCCUGAGUGAGCGCGGGGCGAUGUGCAGGUAAGGUAAGGUAAGGUAAACUUCUCCACACACACACGAGGUGGUGGGGCAGGGGGGGCGACCCUCGCGCACUCUUGUAGCAUGCAGGUUGCAGUCUGCAUGGAUUAGCCUCUGCAUAGACGGGCUGAUUUUACAUUACGUAUUUCUCG